AUGCCUCAGACAGACAAGCAAGUAUGCAUCCCACCGGAGCUGCCGGAACUGCUGAAGCAGUUCACCAAAGCUGCCAUUCGAACGCAGCCUCAGGAUCUCAUCCAGUGGGCGGCCGAGUAUUUUGGGGCCAUGUCCCGUGGAGAGAUGCCCCCAGUGAGAGAGAGGUCUGAGCAAGUCACUUUGUCCAACUGGGCUGAGCUGACCCCCGAGCUGUUGAAGGUCCUGCAUUCUCGGGUUGCUGGCCGACUGAUCAUCCACGCAGACGAGCUGGCCCAGAUGUGGAAGGUGCUGAAUCUCCCAACAGAUCUGUUUAACAGUGUGAUGAACGUGGGUCGCUUCACGGAGGAGAUCGAGUGGCUCAAGUUUUUAGCCCUUGCGUGUAGCUCUCUCGGAGUUACCAUUGCCAAAACUCUCAAGAUAGUGUGUGAAGUGCUGUCUGGCGACCAUGAUGGAGGACCGCCCCGGAUCCCCUUCAGCACCUUCCAGUUUCUCUACACGUAUAUUGCCGAAGUGGAUGGGGAGAUCUCUUCAUCCCAUGUCAGCAGGAUGCUCAACUACAUUGAACAGGAAGUAAUUGGUCCUGAUGGCUUAAUCAAGGUGAAUGACUUUACUCAAAACCCUAGGGUUCGGCUGGAAUAA